GCAGUGCGGGAGGAGGGUUGUCGCAAAGGACUUCGGGACGCCGACGCUAGACGGGCGGCGCGGGCAACUAGACUGCUGCCGAGGAGCGACCAUGACGAAGUUAGCGCAGUGGCUUUGGGCACUGGCUCUCCUGGGUUCCGCCUGGGCAGCCCUGACCAUGGGAGCUCUGGGCCUGGAGCUGCCCUCCUCAUGCCAGGAGGUCCUGUGGCCACUGCCCGCCUACUUGCUGGUGUCCGCCGGCUGCUAUGCCCUGGGCACUGUGGGCUAUCGUUUGGCCACUUUCCACGACUGCGAGGACGCCGCCCGAGAGCUGCAGGACCAGAUCGUGGAGGCCCGAGCCGACCUAGCCCGCAGGGGCCUUCGCUUCUGACACCCGAACCAUUUCCCAUUAAAGAGCAGGUAUUCCUGGGUCUUUGCAACGUCUGAUUCUUUCAGAUACCUUUUCUGAGCCAACUGUGACAGCUUGAGAAUAAGUGGACCCACCCUUUAUCCAACCAGACAAGCUGGGAGUCAGGAGUAAAGCAUGAUCUGUGACAGACAGGGAUGGGGAAGAGUUUAUUUUAAGGCACAUUCUAAAGAUACCACCCCAAUUUCC